AUUAUCGCGGGAAAAACCCUCCACACUACGAAGGUACAAUGGAAGUAACUUGGAAUAAACUAGAAUCAGACAAUUCCUUAAGUCCACGAGAAGGACAAUGUUCCUGUGUAACGGAAGAUUCUAUGUACUUGUUUGGUGGUGUUUUACAUACAGAAGAGCUUACUGAAUCAAACGACCUCAUCAGAUUUUCAUUUGGAACAAAGAGAUGGGAGAAGGUGACGUCUGUUGGAGAAUUGCCUGCACCCCGUACUGGUGGCAGUCUGGUGGCUGUAGAUAACUGCCUCUACUUGUUUGGGGGACUGAGUCAUUCGACUGGAUGGUUUAAUGACCUGUUCAUGUUUGAUACAAAUACUAACAGGUGGUCAGCUGUUGAAGCGGAGGGGACAGCUCCAGGUCCUCGUGACAAACUACAGGCAGUUGCCAUGGGGCAUUGGCUGUAUUUCUUUGGUGGGUUUGGUCCAAAAUCUACAGAUAUGGAUGACGACGAUGAUGAAGAGUGGGAAGAUGAAGAAAAUGAAGACUUGCCAUCGGACCAAGAGGGAGCAGAGUUUGGCUGGUUUAAUGACCUUCAUGUCUUUGAUACAGUAAAUAAGAAAUGGUCUCAACCAAUGCAGAUGAACCUCGGAGUACCGACUGCUCGAGCUGCACAUGUGAUGUGUGCUGUAGACAAACUAUUGGUCAUAUUCGGAGGAAGGGACAUAGAAUCUCGACAGAGUGAUGUACACAUAUUUAACACAGAAACAAGGAAAUGGGACAUGGAGAUGAAGGUGCAAGGACAAAAGCCUGAACCAAGGUCAUUUCAUUCUGCCGUUUCCAUUGGUAACAAACUGGUUGUUGUAGGAGGAAGAGGAAAAGAGAACCAGCAUUUCGCUGAUGUCCACAUGUUUAACUGUGAAUCAAAAUCCUGGAGCCAAGUGAAGCAGAACGGGGCAGUUCCUGAGGGGAGGAGCCAGCAUUCCCUCGGGGUGGUAGGGGACAAAGUGAUUAUGUACGGGGGAACCACAGAUUUCAGUCCCGAGAUCAAUGCAUGCCAGAAGUUCUUCACAGACACGCACAUAUUCAAUGCAGGUGAUAUAACCAAACCACAAUUACAGAAUGGAAACCAUUCAUAGCAGCAUCUUUCAGUCACCUGAAGAGGAAAUGUCUGGAACUGACGAUACAAGAGAGCAGUUAAGUGCUGAUGAAUACUCCAAAAUGACUGAACAUAGUGCAGGGUGUGGCGAUUUGAAAUUACAGUGUUAUUUGCAUUAAAGAAAUUUGAAAUUUGUUUGAAGGUGCAUAUACUCCAAGGUUUAUGUUCGAUUCUAGUAAAUAUGAUACUGCAGUAUUCUAGGAAUAAAAUGAAACAAAAACUAUUUAAUAUGCUAAUACAAAAAAUGUGGUUGCAGAGUAUUGAAUGCUCACCAACGUGACUGUCUUAUUAGCAUACCACAUGCUAUUUUGUAUCUGCAUAUCUAACUACCUUACAGUGUUUUACACAUGAUCUAGCAUAAUGCAUUUAGUCUGAAAGGUCCAUAUUCUUUUAUCUACGGUUCAUGAAUUCGAUUUCAAAACUUAUUGACGCCAUUGUUUUCUGUGAAAAAAAGCACACAUAAUGCAUGCAUACAUUAUGCAAAUAUGGCUAACUGAAGAUGUUGGAGAGUUGAAUUGGUCAAGAUUUCGACAUGUUCCUUUCAUCUGGAGUGAAAUUGCAUAGUUUAUGUUGCAUAAGUUAUUAUAUAUAUGUAGAGAUAUAUUGUCGGUAUAGAUACAUUUACUAUGUUAGUUCAGAGGUGGAUCCAGACAUUUUUGAAAGGGAGGGGGGUUUCUACCAUUAAUUUGUUUUCCAAGGGUGGGGGGUCCACUCUCAAAAUGUGUUAUUUUUACCCCCCCUUUUUUUUUUUUAGCAAAAUUGUCUGGGGGGGGGGGGGGGGGGGGGGUCCAACCCCUGGAACACCUCCCUUCUGGAUCUGCCACUGUAGUUUAUAAACAGAUAAUGUAAAAUAUCUUCAUUAUUACGUGCAGUACGUAUGUUCCUCUAACUGUGUUUUUUAUUAAGUAUGACAGUCUGCAUCAAGUGAUGUUUUUUAAUGUAUUGCAUAGCAUCAUUAUUUACACCUGUGUAUGUUUUAUAUCUGUGUACCAUAAUUUUUUUUUAGAUCAUACAUUUUUAAUUACUCAACACUUUAAAAUGAAAGUUUUUGUGUCAUCUGCAGUAAAAUAAUAAAAAGAAAUGAAUUAA